UCCUAGACCUGCCAGGGCCAAACUGAAUGUUACAUGUUCUAUAGUAUUCUUGCGACUUUUAAAUUUACAAAUAAAUAUGCAUCUCUCUCUCUCUCUCUCUCUCCCUCCCUCCCCCUCCCCCUCCCCCCCUUUCUCUCUCUGUGUGUGAGAGGUCAGUGAUUUCAUGGAACCAAAUAUCCCCAAAUCCUUUAAAGAGUGUCAUAUUGGCAUCUACUCAAUUCUCUUGUUAAGAGGCUAUUUUUGUGUGUAUGUGAUGUUGCAUCUUUUACCUAAGAAGGUCUCCAGCGUAAGAAUUAGCAUUCCCCACAUUGUGUACUUCUAGCCUAGAAUGAAACCACUGGGGAAAGCAUACAGCUUCAUGCCAACAAUGUACAGAUUGGAAGCUGAGUUGAUAAUGCCUUCUGUCUACAAAGAUUUGCAUCAUGAGAGAAGUUUGUAUGUUGGGACUGGAGAAGCUUGCUUAUUUCUUCUCAUCUAUACUUCCUUAAUGGGACCAUGCCUUAGGCUGCAAUCCAAUAUACUCAGAAGCAAGCACCAUUGGGUUCAUUAAGACUUACUCCCAGACCGGAAAAAGGAGAUCUGCGCACGCCCAAACUUGACCCUGAGACGCCGUCCCCGCCCCCACCCUUUACGGGAAUUCCACUUCCUGAAUUCACCUAGAAACAACCGUCUUUCGUUGUCGCUGCUCUGCGGUUAGGAGCGCUCCUAUCGACAGUCAUGCAGUCAGUCCCACGCCCGGUUCCCCUCAGAGUGCAGCCGUAUGACGGCAAAGAACAGCACAGACCCAGCCCCCAGUCCCUUGGGACCCCUUAUCCCUAUCCGCUGGGUGUCGUCGUGGUUGUCCAGCCGCCCCAAGACUUCGUCCUCUGGUCGUUGUUCAGCUUCUCCUUCCUAAACACCUGUUGCGUCGGCUUCGUGGCGCUCGUUUUCUCCAUCAAGGCACGGGAUCAGAAGGUGACUGGCGACCUGGAAGCUGCCCAUCGCUAUGGUUCCAAAGCCAAAUGCUACAAUGUCCUCGCCACAGUGUGGAAUGUGGUGCUGCCAUUAGUGCUCAUUGCUCUGGUGAUCACUGGUGUGCUCCAUCUCUCCAAGCUGGCUCAGGAGUCCAUGGACUUCUUGGCCUACAGACUCUUUCCUAAUGAUGAUGACAAGAAGUGAACCUUGAGAGCCUUGAGCAUUCCCGGGAAUGUGUUUUUGACCAUCAAGAUGGCUCUUUACUGAGACUGUCAGCUGGUGCAACCCAACCACCAUGCACUACAAAAGUCUGCUAAUUCUAAUUAAGAUCAUCUAGUGCAUUACACUGAUGCAUCAAUAUGCCUUGGAGCCCAUCUCCCAGCUCACCCUUUAGGGUUGCAACAGAUGCAGAAAUCAAUCUUUGGAGUUCUACAUAAGCUCAAGGCUGAGAUGUCGGUCACAGUGUUUUCCAUCUUCUGUGUUGUAGGUUUCUGCUCCAUCUCUCUGUCUCCUUCCAUCUUCUCUUCCUCUCUGCUGGGUUCAGACCCACUCUUGACCAAUGUGCAGCAAUCACACAGUAAGCGGAUAGCCAAGAUAUAGUAGAAAAUAUAUAAUUUGUGUAAACUGUGUACCACAUUUACAAUAUGUAAAGCUCUGUGUCUUUUAAAUUUUUUGCUAGUUUGUAUGUUUCACACAAACACAGAAAACUGCAGGUUUGUACAUGUAUUAGUUAACAUACUUGAUGCAUGUGUGUUGAAUUGUACAAACAGUUUGAUUUUGUAUUAUUUAUUGGCAAGUGCCCAGCACAAACCAUAUAUUACUGAGUAAUUAAUUAAUUUCCAUGAUGACUGCUAGCUGGCAUAUGUUCAAACAUGUGGUGGCUUGUCUACAGAGACAUAUUUAAUUUAUUAGGCAGGAUGGGACAGAGUAAAGCCACCAUUUUUUAUCCUGUAGUAACAAAUCAGGUGGACAAUAGAUACUUUAGAACCUUCUGUUUCCUUAGGUACAAACCUUAGAACAUUCCUUCAAAAACCCAUUUUUUGCUUCUUCCCUAUCACUGACUCCAGUCUAUCUUGAUUGUUACUAUUUACAUAAUUAAAUAAUUUUACAGCUUAGUAUUC